AUGGAUAAAAGAGCAACAUUAGAAGAGUAUAAAGAAACGCUAUCUGAGAUGACUAGAGAAAAAGAAAAGCUUCUAAUGGUUCUUAAUAAUACGAAAAAUCUAGAAAAUGAAGAAAAGUCUGAGUCUGAGAAGAAAUUGGAUUCAGAUAUAGAGAAUUCGAAGAAAAUAAUUUAUGGGCUGCAUGAUAAUAUUAUCAAAGUCAGAGAUGAAAAUAGAAAACUUGCAGUUGAAAAAGAUUGGCUGCAAUGAAAACUACCAAAAAAGUAAUUUUUAUUAAGGCCAAAUGAACUUAAAAUUCUAGAAGAGAAGCUAAAUCUCCAUUUAUUUAUAACAAAACCAUUGAAAAUGCACCUUUUUUUGAAACAAAAAAUUUUGCUUGCUCACAAGAGAGAGGACUAAGUAAACUUAAAGAUGAAAAUAAACAGCUUGCAGAGGAAAAAGAAACCUUAUCUAAAGAGAAGUCUAAAGAAUCAAUGAAAAGCAUCAGAAAUGAAGAUCCAAAUCUGUAUUUUUUGAUAAAAAGAAUAAACCAAGCUGAAGAACAAAAUAAGCAGUACAGCCAAAUGCUAAGAGAUUUAAUUGAUGAAAGAAAUAAAACUAUUUUUGAGUACUCAGAGAUUACUAAAAAACUUAACUUCGAAGAACAGCAACGAGAAAAGCUAAAAAACGCUGAUUUAGUUAUACUUGAAUGUGAAGGCAGAAUAAAGGAUUUAAGAGAAAAAUUAGAAGAAAGAAAAAAAAUGCUUUUUGAAGCUGAAACCCACAGAGCGGCUUCUAAAAAUGAUGAAGUAGUCGAAAUGUACCAUAAAAUAUCUAAAGAAGCUAAAAACUGGGCAGACACAGAAGAAAGCUUAAGAAAAGAGCUAGACGAAUUAAUAUGUACAAUCGAAAUUGAAAGAGUUCAAGGAAUCAAACUCAACCCUCCUGAGUUUAACCAAAAGCUGAGGAUUGAAAUGAAAUUAAUGGAGGCAGAAAUUUCAGUAAAAAGUAAAGAGUUAAAAGAAAGAGAAAAAAUGCUACUUCAGUUGCAAGUAAAAUAUGGCCAAUUGAUGAAAAUCACUCCUGAAGAAAAACUUAUAAGAAGCAGAAGCGCAAAUCAUCUACAGCAGCAGCCGAAAUUAGAGAAGAAUUUUGAAGAUGAUACGAAAAAAAGGAGAUUUAUUAGUAAAAAUCCACCUGCUCGGAAAGUUGAUAAAAGAAGGCAAAAGCUAAUAGACCAGCUUACUAAAAGUCUUGUAGAAGGGCAGACAGUUGAAGCCUUAAAUACGCUAAAAAACUACGGAAAACCUAACCAAGGACUUGCAAGUAAAAUUAUUGAGCUAAAUCGUGGAGAAUUCUUAUCAAAGAUGAAGAAUACAUAA